GGUUAACCGGAAUACGGGUGGGAAAUACACAACCGACGGUGUUGGUGCUAGUGGGAGGAAGAUGGCGGCGUCCAAGGUGAAGCAGGACAUGCCUCCACCGGGAGGUUAUGGUCCUAUUGAUUACAAGAGAAACCUACCGAAAAGGGGGCUUUCUGGUUACAGUCUGUUCGGUAUUGGGAUUGGAGUCAUGCUGUUCGGCUACUGGAGGCUUUUUAAGUGGAACAGAGAGAGGAGGCGUUUGCACAUCGAGGAGCUGGAGGCUCGGAUCGCUCUCCUGCCUCUCCUACAGGCUGAAAAUGACAGAAGGACGUUACGGAUGCUCAGGGAGAACCUGGAGGAGGAAGCCAUCAUCAUGAAGGAUGUCCCGGGCUGGAAGGUGGGUGAGAAUGUUUUCCACACAGACCGCUGGGUUACUCCCACCACAGAUGAGCUCUUCAACCUUCGACCUCAGGAGGAGCUCCUGCACAAGAGGUUUGGCUUCCUGUGGUACGUGUAAGCUGCAGCUCGGCCUGGGGGGUCAGACGAUAGACCAUCAUCCACCUGCUCUGUGUGUGAGAGAGAGAGACGAGCAAUGUGUUAAUGUUCAGACUGUAAAUGUUUCAAAUAUUAAAUAUUGUUUUCUUUGCUUCCAAAA